CAAUCUGAUCACACUGAAAUUCAGAGUUUGACUAAAGAGAAGAUCAUGUCUUUUUGUAAAUUGCCUUUCACAGCUGACAAGACUGUGAAGAACAGGGCGUUGAUAGUGUCUGUGGAGAACUUCUAUAAAGAUGCAGGUCUGAGGAAGAGGAACGGGGUGAAGAGAGACACUCGAAGACUUCACAAAAUCCUCAGCAAGCUCGGCUUCUCUGUGCAAAUCAGAAUGGACAUUGAAGCGGAUGAGAUCUAUAAAGCAUUUAAAGCAGAGAGCAAGAAGACGGUCAAAGACUGUUUUGUGGGCAUCAUAUCCAGUCAUGGUGAGGAGGGUGUUGUGUUUGGCGCUGACGGAUGUGCUGUGAAACUAGCCGAGAUCUACAGCUACUUUGGAGGCCCUUCAAUGGCAGACAAGAGCAAACUCUUCCUGAUUCAGGCUUGUCGUGGACAUGAGUUGGAUGGAGGUGUGGAGGUGGAGGCAGACUCUUCAUUCUCAGAGGAAGACGACGGCAUGUCUGAGCUGUUUUCCAUUCCUAAUGACACAGCAGUCAUGUACGCCACAUCUCCAGGUUACGGUGCAUUCAUGCAUCCUCUGGGCUCGGUGUUGAUUCAAACCCUUUGCGAUUUGCUAGAAAAUGAAGGAGGUCCAGAUCUGGAGAUCACAAGACUUCUGACUCGACUAAACUAUAAGGUGGCCUACAACUUUGAAUCGAGAGGGAAAGCUUUGGGUGGCAAAAAGCAGAUGCCGUGUUUUGUGACCCGCUUUACCAGAGAGGUUUACCCGUUCAUGGACAGAAAGAUGGCAGCAGCAGAAGAUUUGAGCUUGAGUUUUGCAGCAACGCAGCUUAUCGAUGAACCCAGAAGGACACGGACGAGCUCCAUCAGCUGAAGAUCACUGAACAGAGACUGACUGCAAAGAAUAUGUGAAAACUGAUUGAUGUUAGAUAUCAUAUCAUCUCAUUUGAUGAGAUAACAUAGCAACACGAAAAGUUGCAAUGGUAAUAGGAAGUGAGGUGUGAGGAAACAUAAGGAAUUUUCUUGCGUUUACUACUUCCUUUUAUUUAUUUUCCUAAAGUAAAACAGCAUAUUAAUAUUUUGUUUUAUUUGAAAAUUGAAAACAUUUAGUAUUAAAAAAUAUAUGAAAAAAUCUAAAUAAAG